UCAAUAUCGCCUUAUCUGACGCAACCCUGAUUUACCGCUGCUGGCUCGUGUACGCGCAUUCGCCUCGUCGGGCAGUUGUGGCCAUUGCACCCGUCGUACUUUGGCUGGGAUGGAUUUCUUGCCAAUCAUAUCCUCUACUACAUCUGCACCUUGAAUGCAGUGACGUCUAUACCUUCAACCGACGAGAUCCAACCCUUCCUAUAUGCCUUCUAUUCUUGACACUCGCGAUAAAUCUCUUUACAACGGGGUCCAUAAGCGCACAUCAUCGUUCUUCACGCGGAGUUGGCGAGGACCGAGUCGUUUGAGUUUCGCAGACGUCACUUUGAUUAUCAUCGAGUCUGCGCUCCUGUACACGACAACCGUCAUCAUCUGCGUCGUGCUGGACUUGGCGAAUAGCAACGCGUACUAUGGCGCUACGGAUGUCAGCCUUGAAGUAGCAGGGAUAUCAUUCGAUCUGAUCAUUAUACGGAUCUGGACAGGCGUGUCCACGGAACAGACGCAAGCCUUCACGGAUACGGUGGAGAAUUUGUCGAAAAUCAAGGCAGGAGCGAGCGAACAGGUCAUCACCGCUCACUCGGGCUUCACGGACUUGAACACUUGGAUUGUGGCUUCCCGUGAUGAUAUGCCCAGUGGGGUGACGAUGAUGCGAACCCCGUCUGAUGUGUCCUGGCGAUCUCCUGGUCUUGUUGGUAAUCCAACGUACCGUAGAUGGUGACUAUACUAGGAGCGAAUAGAUUGAGUCGACAUUGACUAUACGACGUUCGGCCUAGUAGUAUCCAUGCAAGAGCAACCCGACAUGAUGCUCGAUGGCUUAGCUCAGGUCCGGAGAACCAGCUCUCGGCAUUGCUUGAUG